GGGAACUACCACAGUUUGCCGACAGCAUACCGAAUGUUACUGUACCUGUGGGACGUGAGGCCUAUCUAGAAUGCACAGUGGAGAAUUUGGGCAAUUACAAAGUGGCGUGGAUUAAGCUGAAUACCCAGACCUUAUUGACGAUCGACACUACGGUCAUCACUAGGGAUGAUCGGAUCCGCUCGACUAACAACAACUUCCGUCAGUGGUACUUACACAUCCGAGACGUUAAGGAAGAUGAUCGGGGAUAUUAUAUGUGUCAGAUCAAUACAGAGCCCAUGAUCAACGUGAAAGGAUUUUUAGAUGUCCAGUUGCCUCCGACAAUUCAAGAUAAUGGAACAAGUUCGGACAUGAUAGUCAAUGAAAGGUCCUCUGUCAGCCUACACUGCACGGCCACUGGUUACCCGAAACCCAAAAUCUUCUGGCGACGAGAAGACGAAAAAGACAUCAAUCUUGGGUCAUUCGGUACAAAAUCCUUUUCAGCUGCUAAGGUCAAAGGGAACUUUUUGAAUUUGACCCAUAUUACAAGGACCCACAUGGGAGCUUACUUGUGCAUCGCCUCCAAUGGAAUUCCUCCUUCGGUCAGCAAGCGUAUCAUGCUGGAGGUCAACUUUCCUCCUAAAAUAAGAGUGCCCAAUCAGGUUAUUGGAGCCUCCCCAGGAAGUGACGUAAUACUUGAGUGUAAGGUUCAAGCUUGGCCACGACCUCUGACCUCUUGGGUGAGAAACGAAAACACGCUUUUACUAGCCAACUCUAAAUAUCAACUAACUGAGGUAUACGAUUCCUACAAUAUCGAUAUGAAGCUAAAAAUUAGUAACCUUCAGAAAGAGGAUUUUAACGCUUACAAAUGUGGAGCUAAGAAUGCAUUCGGUGAAAAAGAAGGAUUUAUUCGUCUUCACCCAAUGGCUACCGUACAGACCCCUAAAAAGGAGGGAGGAAGAUAUCUUUAUAAUCAACCUAGAUCAAAAGGUCAUGUGGAAAGAACGUUGAAGUUCAGUAUUAGCACAACUCAUUAUGGAAUUGUCUCUGAUCAAGGUUAUGUGGAAAGAACGUUGAAGCUCACUAUUAGCACAACACAUUAUGGAAUUGUCUCUGAUCAAGGUUAUGUGGAAAGAACGUUGAAGUUCACUAUUAGCACAACACAUUAUGGAAUUGUUUCUGAUCAAGGUUAUGUGGAAAGAACGUUGAAGUUCACUAUUAGCACAACAUAUUAUGGGAUUGUUUCUGAUCAAGGUUAUGUGGAAAGAACGUUUAAGUUUACUAUUAGCACAACACAUUAUGGAAUUGUUUCUGAUCAAGGUUAUGUGGAAAGAACGUUGAAGUUCACUAUUAGCACAACACAUUAUGGAAUUGUUUGUGAUCAGGGUUAUGUGGAAAGAACGUUGAAGUUUACUAUUAGCACAACACAUUAUGGAAUUGUUUCUGAUCAAGGUUAUAUGGAAAGAACGUUGAAGUUCACUAUUAGCACAACACAUUAUGGAAUUGUUUCUGAUCCAGGUUAUGUGGAAAGAACGUUGAAGUUCACUAUUAGCACAACACAUUAUGGAAUUGUUUCUGAUCCAGGUUAUGUGGAAAGAACAAGACAACGAUUUACUAGUAACUACAUACCUGUAUUUCGCAUUUAA